ACUAGGCUUUAAGUAGGUCUAUUGGUAGGUUAGGCGCUCAUCACAAAAUUAAUUCACUUAGAUAAAGUUAGGCUAUCAUUAGGGCGUCGUAUAGGCCUAGUCAAAAACUUGAAAUUAGUUGGUUAAUAAAGCUUUCUAGAUAGGCUAGAAUCUGCGUUUACCGUAGGCGUAGACUGCGUUUACCUGUCAAUACUAAUUGCAGUUACUGUGGAGAGUAUGCACACAAACUAGACCCUCAAAAUAGGAUGUCUUUGGAUAGACUUUGAAUGUGACGUCAUUAAGCCCACUUUCAAACACUUUGGUAGUGUAACGUUGAGCUUUUGCUUAGCAGCGCCUACAAUCUCUGCAGGCUGAGAUGGAUCGUCAUAGGAUGCCUUACCGACACCACAUAAAGCGGAGUUUUAACGUUAGACCAGAAAUCUGCAGGCAUUUUAUGAAUGGAUCAUGUCGAUAUGGUCAGAACUGUCACUAUCUGCAUGACUACCCAGCAACUGGUGUAUGCUGGUACUUCCAAAAAGGCCAGUGUUGGUUUGGAGAUCACUGCAGGUAUGUCCACGUCCCUCCCCUUGACGCUUCAGAGAACCGGCGAGGUUCAGCACCUGCCAUCCUUUCUCCAGCCAGAGGUGAGCAGAGGAUCCCCUCCAGGCGUGGUUCAGAGCCGUCCGUAGUCGGUUCACAUAGACCCUCGGGCCAAGGCAGAAGAGGCUCUGAACCUCUGGUCACAACCAACACAUUAGAGAGAAGCUUUGAACGUCUAACCACAAGAAUCGCUGAAGAGGAGGAUGGAUAUUCGGAGACAACACCCCCACAUAAUGAUGAAGUUCACAGCAAUUCUGUAGCAAGCUCAACAGAUAGCCCACCACUGGACCAGGCCGUAUCUGCAGCCAGUGGAGACGCACAGGGGCCUUCAGACGGAGCGUACCACGCUGGCGCUGCAGCUUUCGUCCCACGCCGGCCUGAGGAGUCUUCCGCCUACGAGCAGAGCAAAGAGGUGGUGUGUGGCAUCUGCAUGGACAAGGUGUAUGAGAAGAAGGACGCCCAGAGCCGGCGCUUUGGCAUUCUCCCUAACUGCAGCCAUGCUUUCUGCAUCGAGUGCAUAGUCACCUGGCGGAAGACAAAAGAAUUCCAGGAAGAUGUCAUAAAGGCCUGUCCUCAGUGCAGAGUGAAGUCUCCUUACUAUAUUCCGAACAGAUAUUGGGUUGAAAAUGGCAAACCCAAAGAAGCUCUCAUUGCGUCCUUCAAGGAAAGAAGCAGUAAAUUAAAAUGCAGGUUCUAUUCGAGAGAUGGCUGCUGUCCCUUUCAGUCGGAGUGCAUCUAUCGGCAUGAAGGUCCCCCUGGUCGCCCACGGAGACGCACGCCACGCCCAACUGCAGAGGACUUUGAGGAUAGCUUUCAACUUCCACUUAUGGACUACAUAAUUGCCCUUACAUUGGUGGGAGCCCACUAUGACACCGAUGAUGACGACGAUGACGACAGCAAUUAUUACUAUUAUGACGAUGAUUUUCUGGAAUCACUAUUCUUGGAUACGGAUGACUUUGACCUUUGACCUCUGCCAGUCACUUAAGCUCAAGGAUCUCAGUCCUGGGUCUUUGAUAACAGGAUUUAUCACAUGUUCAGUGGUGGGCCUGUAGCAGUCGGUGCGUAUAUUUUUCAUGCACACCACAGUAGCAUAUUUGCCUACAUGGGCACAGUGGUUGCACGUGAGAAUGCUAACAUCUUGGUUAAGCCAAGAAAUGUCCUUGCCAAACGCCAUAGCCUUAAUUGUUUAUCAAUUGUUAACCAACUUCAAUAGUUAAUGUUUACAGAGUGGUUAAAAUGAAAGAGAAAACAAUAUGCUGCAACAGAAUGUGUAAGGGGUAAUGUUUAAAAUGUUAUAUCCUAAAGUAAAGAUUCUCUAUAAAAAUGUACUGUCACUCAACCUGAUGUAUAUGGUAGUAUCUGCCUGUGUUAUCCCCCAUAGUGUCUCUUGAGCUGUUCCUGUUUAUCACAUCCACCAUUUUGAUGCGAUCUCACUGACUCUUUGCACCCUUCAACUGACACUUUGAUAUUAUUUUUAAAGUGUGGUGUAUAUGUGAUUAUUAGUUUUAUGUAUCUCUGAUUAUCUGUCCUAUACCAGAUCUUCUCCUUGAGCUGGGAUCACUAUAUGUGGAAAUUAACAGGCUUUUGUCUUUGCUAGCAGUGUUGAUUUGGAGUGAUGGAGAGGAUGAAUUUUAUUAUUUUUUACUGCAAGUUUGAAUCCACUGAAAGAAAAGAAUAAAACGUUUGUUUCACAA